GAACGUUUGCCCAAGGCUGCUAGUAGCUAUCUGAUCCAGUCCUGUCAUCAUGUCAUCCCCAGGCAACACUCCCAGGUACGUGUAUUUAUUCCCUCAAGAAGGCAAAUAUCGCUGGCAGUGAAGAUUAAAAGACCCGAGCUCAUCUCUCAUCCCAAUCUCUAAAUCUCGCGUUGCACUCCCUGGCUUUCAGAAUUCCACUUCUCAACCCCCAAGCCCCUCAUAUACCCCGGUCCGCUUGUUUCCUUUACUUUUACCGUCUGUCUCGUGUAACAAUUGUCGCAUUGACAGCUCAUCACACCUUUACAGCAUGUCAACUCCCGCCAUCUCCAACACUGCCGUCUUCGGCAGCACCGGCCUCGUCGGGUCGCAGAUCCUCAGCACCCUUCUGGGUUGGCCGUCUGUCAAGGUCACCACCAUCUCUCGUCGCGCACCCAAGGCGCCAGAAUCAGCCACGAACCUAAACGCCAUUGUCGAGCCCGAUACAACAGCCUGGGCGUCCAAGCUGACCUCCCUCUCUCCCGCGCCACAUACCGUCUUCUCCGGGCUCGGCACCACUCGCGCCCAGGCCGGCGGCCUCGCCAAUCAGUGGAAGAUCGACCACGACCUCAACGUCGAGCUCGCCAAGGCCUCCAAGGCGUCCGGUGUGCGCACCUUUGUCUUCAUCUCGUCGGCGGGUACUCGCAGCUUCAUCAGCUCUCGCCUUCCGUACUCGAAGAUGAAGAUUGGCGUCGAGGACGCGGUGCGCGAUCUCGACUUUGAGAACGCCGUCAUCGUGAGGCCGGGCCUCAUCAUGGGCGAGCGCGAGCAGCCGCGUGCCGGUCAAGGCGUCAUGACGGGGUUGGUCCGCGGCCUCGGCUACCUGGGUCAAGGCCUGCAGGAUUCGGUUGGCCAAGAUCACGAUGUCAUUGCGCGGGCGGCGGUCCGGGCUGCUCAGCUUGUGGCCGAGGGGAAGGCGCCCAGCAAGUACUGGGUCCUAGAACAGGCCGAUAUUGUGCGGUUGGGACGGACGGAGUGGGUGGAUAACAAGCCGCAGACUACUACUACCGCUUCUUCUUGAGUCCAGCGCAGGGCUACCUCCUACUCGUGCUGUCGCUGGAUCAUGGAUGUUGGCUUGCUUGAACGAUAGAGGAGUGUAAGAUGGCCGGUGUAGCAUAACGGAACAUCUUUCUUUCAAUUCCGUCUGUGUAUUUGUUGGGUGGCAGGAAGCUGAGAUCUACACCAUGUCUCGAAUCUCUCGAUGCCUGACGGCCUUCAGUGGCUGGGAUAAAUCUUACUUGGUCUCAUCUUUGGUCUUGUCUUUGGCUGGCCGUCCGUUUCAGUGUGGUGUCACUACGUCAUAUCAUUACGGUGCAUACGAUGCUGAAUGGACAGUUCGAAGUGCGGCAAUAGCGUCGAGGGCUAGAAACCAUUUAAUCUCUAAUUGCUUGUUUCUCA